AUGGAAAUGGGAGAUAGAUAUGGGAAAUGUGGUGGUAGUAGUGGCGAUAGUAGUGGUAGUCAUAGUAGUGAUAGUAGUCCUGGUAGUGGUGGUAAUGGUAGUAGUAGUAGUGAUAGUGGUAACGGUAGUAGUAGUGGUAGUAGUAGUAGUAAUGGUAGUUGUAGUGGUAGUGGUGAUAGUGGUGAUAGUGUUAGUAGUAGUGGUAAUAUUGGUGGUAGUAGUGGUGGUGGUGGUGGUAGUGAUAGUAGUAGUGGUGGGGGUAGUAGUGGCGGUAGUAGUAGUGGUGGUGGUAGUGGUGGUGGUGGUGGUGGUAGUUGUGGUGGUAGUAAUAGUCGUAGUAGUAGUAGUAGUAGUAGUAGUAGUAGUGGUAGUGAUAGUGGUCAUAGUAGUAGUGAUAGUAGUAGUAGUGGUGCAAUGGCAGGAGGUUCAUUGAGUGGUUCAUCCUCUAAUUCUUCACGCAAAAAACCAAUCUUGUGUAAUCAUGGAGCAAGCGGUGUUGGGGAGAAAGAUUGCCAUUUUUUCAAGUGGGUUUGUGAUGUGGUUGAGGAGGAGGAGAUUUCCAGUGAGAUAAGGGAUUUGCAAUUCAAAAUUUUGGACAAAGAUAGUACCAUUAUUGAGCUUGAAGUUGAGAAGAAGUUUUUGGAAGAUAAACUAAUCAGAAUGAAGAAGGAAAAACAUGAGCUUGAAGUGGAAAACAAAAGAUUAUCAUCCAAAAUUCGUCUAUUACGUAUCCAACCGAUGUUAGAUAAUAAUAGGGAGAAAGCUUUUCAAAUGGCUAUGGUUAUGUCUUGGAUUUUGUUUGGCAUUAUUAUCUACAUGUUGAAGUGA